CAUUCAUCUACUAUAUUUCAUCACUUAACCAAUGCGGUAAAUGAUCCGUGCAUUAUAAAUUCGGCAAAAAUAUAAAAUUACAUCUCUUUAAAAACUGCAAUAUUAUUAUACAGAAAUCUGAAACAAUGUCCACACGUCGUCAAGCUGUUUUCCUAUACCGCCAAUUGUUACGCGAGGCUGAAAAAUUGCCGUCAUAUAAUUUCAGAAUGUAUGCGUUCCGAAAAAUACGUGACACAUUCCGUGCUAAUAAAACAAUAAACGAUUUUGAUAAAAUUGAUCAGGAGAUCAUGCAUGGUAAACAAAGUCUAGAAAUGAUACGCCGACAGGCAAUAAUUGGUCACUUGUACACCACUGAAAAACUUGUAAUUGAAAAGAAACCAACUUUACGCCCCUCAGAUGAUUAGUCAAUUGGAAAGCGAAUAAAUAUUUGUUACACAAACCUGCGCCAUGAAAUAGUUAAUACAAACUAUUUAAAUUCUUUCUUGUUUAUCUUUUUUGCAUUUUAGGCAUUAAAAUAAAUAGAAAAAAUAAAAAGGAAGCAAAAUUGUUAAAACCUAAAGUUAAGAUACCAAUAAAUACAAACAAAAACGUAUACAAUGUUUAAAUUUUAA